UUUGGUAACAAAAUAUUUUUGUUAUAGUAUCCAUGCAUACCAUACUAUUCAGUGAUAGGCUCAGCUCCAGUAAAUGUCAAUUGCUUUUUUGAUGAAUGUUUUCAAGGGAUAAUUCGUUUGGUAACUAUUUGUAUUUAUUUCAUUUAUUUGAAUGAUUUAUUUUUAACCAAAAAAGUUAGAUAAUUGUGUAGCUACUCAGCACGUCUUCAUCGUUACACAGCACUUAUAGUUUUCUUUUUCUUCUGAUAUAUGGUUCUUUCUUCACACAAACACACACUUUUCUCUUCCCAUAACUAAGAAUUGUUUGAGAGACAACUUCACAAAAUGGAUACUCAACUAAGGGAAGAAGAUCUUGAGGUUUUUGCAGAAGUUAAGAAACUGUUGGUAUUGGCAAUGCCACUAAUGUUGGUAAAUCUGUUGUUGUUUUUCUUACAAGUAAUCUCAGUGAUGUUUGUUGGUCAUCGCGGAGAGCUAGCCCUCUCCGGUGCUUCCUUGGCUACUUCAUUUGCUUUUGUGACUGGCUUCAGCUUGUUGUUGGGAAUGGGAAGUGCACUGGAGACCCUUGGUGGUCAAGCAUACGGUGCAAUGCAACAUCAUAUGCUUGGUAUACAUAUGCAGAGGGCCAUGUUUGUAAGUUUUUUGGUCAGCAUACCUCUUGCCGGUAUUUGGGCUUAUUCUGGACACAUUCUUGUAAUAUUGAAACAAGAUCCAGAAAUAGCAGCUGAAGCAGGAUAUUAUGCACGGUUCAUGAUACCGAGCAUCUUUGCCUUUGGGAUAUUGGAAUGUCAGAUUAAGUUUCUGCAAGCUCAAAACAACGUCAAGCCGAUGAUGCUCACCACAGGAGUCACUUUGCUGCUGCACGUUUUGACCUGUUGGAUUUUCAUGCUCAAAACCGGGCUUGGAAGCAGAGGAGCUGCUCUGGCUAAUGCUACGUCUUACUGGGUUAAUGUGUUCUUGCUCGCUGCGUAUAUCAGAAUAUCGCCUUCUUGCAAAAAUACUUGGACUGGAUUUUCAAGAGAAGCAUUUUCUGAUGUCCCCAAAUAUCUCAGACUAGCAAUUCCUUCAGCUCUUAUGAUUUGCUUGGAAAUAUGGUCAUUUGAACUGAUUGUUCUGUUGUCUGGUCUUCUUCCUAAUCCAAAACUGGAAACUUCAGUUCUUUCAAUCAGCCUUAAUACAUCAGCUAUGUUCCACAUGUUGCCUCAAGGACUAGCUGGGGCUACAAGUGUAAGAGUUUCCAAUGAACUGGGAGCUGGACGACCAAAAGCAGCUCGUCUUGCAGCAUGUACUGCGACAGUCUUGGCAACCAUAGAAGGCACUCUACUAGCUGUGGUCAUGGUUUCGAUUCGUAAAGUCUGGGGCCAUUGUUACAGCAAUGAAGCAAAUGUAGUGAGAUAUGUUGGGAAAAUGCUGUUCUUUAUAGCAGGAUCCCACUUCUUAGAUGCACAUCAAUCUGUAUUUUCAGGUAUUGCCAGAGGGUGCGGGUGGCAAAAGAAAGGUGCUUUUGUCAAUUUGGGAGCCUUUUACCUGUUGGGAGUGCCUGCUGGGAUUUUAUUAGCUUUUGUCUACCAUGUUGGAGGACAGGGACUUUGGUUAGGAAUCAUUCUGGCUCUUUCUGCACAAGCACUGAUUUAUUUAGUUGUUAUUCUGCGGACAAAUUGGGACAAACAGGCAAUGAAAGCAGCAGAAAGGAUAUCUUCGUAACAAGGCCAGCUUUCGCGAAUACUAUGUGGAUCCUUGCCAGACAACCAACUGUGCGAUCGUGAAGACUAGGCCCAAAAUUGCAAGACUAGACACGGUUCAAUUAUGCUAACAUUGUAAUAGGCUAAUAGCUACUAUAAGUAGUAACGAUUAUGGUUAGUUUCCUUAGCUUGCUUUGAUGAAGAAUAUUAGGCUAAUGUACUGGAAUGUUAACUCGUGUAUUUCUAGUUAAACAUAGCUACUAGGGGUUUAUGAACUGUAUAUUAUGAACUGCGUUCAAUACUUCAUUUACUCUUUUCCCCCUAUAUAUCUUUGAUUAGUGAUUCUUGAAAGGAUUUCAAGGGUUUAGCGACGUUCUUGUUAUUCCCCUACUUUAAUCGCUAUUCCUCUAUAUUUUACUGUUUUCUUCACCAUAUUUAUGGUGUUUUUGCGGGGUUGAGAAAUUCCUUCUCAAUUUCC